AGCCUCGAGGGCCGGUGCACCGCCAAGGACAAAAGGAGCUCAGCACUUGACACUCGCUGCACCCGAUGCUCAGCAUGAAGAAGACCGAAAUGGGAAGGUUCAACAUUUCCCCGGAUGAGGACAGCAGUAGCUACAGUUCCAACAGCGACUUCAACUACGCCUACUCCUCGAAGCAAGCUGUUAUGAAAAGCCAUUAUGCAGAUGUCGAUCCUGAAAACCAGAACUUUCUACUUGAAUCGAAUUUGGGAAAAAAGAAGUAUGAAACAGACUUUCAUCCAGGUACUACUUCCUUUGGAAUGUCAGUAUUUAAUCUGAGCAAUGCGAUUGUGGGCAGUGGAAUCCUUGGGCUUUCUUAUGCCAUGGCUAAUACUGGAAUUGCUCUUUUUAUAAUUCUCUUGACAUUUGUGUCUAUAUUUUCCCUAUAUUCCGUUCAUCUCCUUUUGAAGACUGCUAAUGAAGGAGGAUCUUUAUUAUAUGAGCAAUUGGGACAUAAGGCAUAUGGAAUGAUUGGGAAGCUCACAGCCUCUGGAUCAAUUACUAUGCAGAACAUUGGAGCUAUGUCAAGCUACCUCUUCAUAGUGAAAUAUGAGUUACCUUUGGUGAUCAAGGCAUUAAUGAACAUUGAAGAUACAACUGGAUUGUGGUAUCUGAAUGGUGACUAUUUGGUUCUACUGGUGUCAUUGGUACUCAUUCUUCCUUUGUCGCUGCUGAGAAAUUUAGGAUAUUUGGGAUAUACCAGUGGCCUUUCCUUAUUGUGUAUGGUAUUCUUUCUAAUUGUGGUCAUCUGCAAGAAAUUUCAGAUUCCUUGUCCUAUGGAAGCUGCUUUCAUACUUAAUGAAACAAUGAAUGGCACUUUAACAGCGCCAGCAGCUUUCAUAUCCUCCAAGGAUCUCAACAAAACUACGAUGGACUUCUGCAGACCACACUACUUUAUCUUCAACUCACAGACUGUGUAUGCUGUGCCAAUCCUGACAUUUUCAUUUGUCUGUCAUCCUGCCAUUCUGCCCAUCUAUGAAGAGCUGAAGGGCCGUAGCCGAAGAAGAAUGAUGAACGUGUCCAAAAUUUCGUUUUUUGCUAUGUUUCUCAUGUAUCUGCUUGCUGCCCUCUUUGGAUACUUGACGUUUUAUGAUCGUGUCGAGUCGGAAUUGCUUCAUACCUAUUCUUCUGUCGUGGGAACUGAUAUCAUUCUUCUAAUUGUCCGUUUGGCUGUGUUAGUGGCUGUCACCCUAACAGUACCAGUAGUUAUUUUCCCGAUCCGGAGUUCCGUGACUCACCUAUUAUGUGCAACAAAAGAUUUCAGUUGGUGGCGUCACAGUCUCAUUACUGUGUGUAUCUUGGUAUUUACCAAUUUGCUGGUCAUCUUUGUCCCAACUAUCAGGGAUAUCUUUGGUUUCAUUGGUGCAUCUGCGGCUGCUAUGUUGAUUUUUAUUCUUCCCUCUGCUUUCUAUAUCAAGUUGGUGAAGAAAGAACCUAUGAAAUCUGUGCAAAAGAUUGGGGCUCUGCUUUUUCUGCUAAGUGGCAUCGUGGUGAUGAUUGGGAGCAUGGCCUUGAUUGUUUUGGAUUGGGUGCACAAUGCCUCUGGAGGUGGCCAUUAAUUUUACUACCCAAACUCCAGUUCAUCUGAUGCCAGUGCUGCGUUGACUCUCAACUACUAUGAAAUUUCACCUGAUGUUUUCAGUUUCACUUCCUUUUGAAAUGUAGAUUCCUCGCUGGUUCUUCUGAAUGCAGAAUAAGUGAAAAAAAAUUUUUUUCUUUUUUUUUUUUUAAAAAGAAGCUUAUCUCUGUGUUAGGAAUGAAUAUUACAACAAAACCACGAGACCUUGGAUUAAGGGAAGUGACAAUUUUAUUCCAUUCCAGAGAAUGGAUGAACUUUUAACUUUUAUCAAGCCACAUGUUUGGCUGUGUCAUGUUUAACUUGGAUAUUUUAUGAUUUUACUUGAAUGUGCCUAAUGGAACCAUUCGAUGUGAAAAACAAUUCUUAAUUUACAGCAAAGUAUUGAAAUAACCAUUGAGAAAAACUUUUUUUUUGUACUACCAAAAAUACUUAAUUACCUCAGAUGCACUAUUUUACUUUUAAGAAAUGGCUUUUUUUUGGACUUUAUCCAGAAAUACUUGUCAGUUCCAUAAAAUAAUUUCAUUGGUAUUUAAAAAUAAAUAUUAAUUUUAUGUAAUGAUUUGCCUUUUUUGUAGGCAUUAUUAGCCAGAUACUUUUUUUACCCAAAGUAAUUUUUAGAGAAAAUAAUGCAAUGCGAAAUUGUACUAUGAAUUAGGAAGGUUUUUUUCUGCUCAAACUUCACUGUACUUUAAGGAUAAUUGAGUGCUUAUUGCUAUACCAAAUCAGGUGAACUCUGUUCAUCACAUCUCUGUCCCCAAAUACUUCAUUCAGUUCAUCCAGACAAAAAUGUUUUGGUCUUUAGCCCAUUAGAAUGGGAAAUAAUACAGAUAUUUCUGUGGGAAAUAAAGUAAUUUUGAGGUACCAAAUAAUGCAGUCAGGUAAGCAGGGCUUACUCAGUUGCAUCUGUCUCCAGAGCUGUAUUGACAGCUCAGACCUUUUUUGGGCCAGCCCUUUUUGACAUUGCUUCCAGCAGUGAGAAAUGGGCAUUUGAAUGGUGAUAAGCCAAAACCAUUCUAUCCAGAGAGUACAGUUUCUCAAAAUGCUCAUCUACUGGAAGUGUGAUUUACUUGACAAUGUAUGGCUUAGUUGUAUUCAUGUUUUGUCUACAGUAGAGGUCUGAUCCAUAUGUUACACCUAUAUUUGGUAUAAGUUCUCUUUGUAUAGGCCAGUGGGUUUUUCAUGCAGUAAGCUUUUUUAAAAACUGGUUUGCACUGGACUGUCAUCUCAUUCUUGUACAAUGUAGAAUUAUUUGUUUACAUCCAACAAAUGAUUAGAGAAAACAGUGCAACCUGAUUGUAUGUAGUUUUGGUCCAACUGCAUGUUUACCCUUCCAUUUCAAUUCCAGUUAGAAGUGGCAAAAUUACUUUGAAACUUGGCUUUAAAAGCACAUUUAUUGUAUGUUACAGUGUAUCAUGACUAUUAAGUAAUAUGGUACUUUGCCCAUCUGGCAUAAUGUCAAAUUUAUAUUCCAUUAAGUGGUUGAGGGAAACAAUUGAAUUAUCAAUUAGUUUUCUGGCUAUAAGGUUUUUUCUUGAACAAAAUGUUUUUAGUUUGAAGCAGGGGCCAGAAAAGUGGCGUACAUGGUUUUGUUACGCAUUCUUGUAUUAUAUGUGACUAAAUUUAUACAAAAGAUGUGUCUGUAAUUAAAGGCCCUUAAAGAAUUGGAAGACGUCUUGUAGUGCUACCUUGGGUGAAAUCAAUGGUCCAUUUUUGAUUCUACAAAGAUAAAAUUCUCUGGACCAUCUAGAAAUAAAAAGGCAGUGAGAAGACAAUUUCUACAGCACUGCUUUCAUUGAAUUAGGCUUUGGACACUCCAUUUGAAUCCAGAACCUCACCUCUAGUUCAGACAAAGAAUUGACCCUUCUUCAUGAGUUCCUGGAAAAAGAUGAUUUUUAUAAUCUAAGACCAGCCAGGGGAUAUCAAGAGUUGUUUUCUACAGUUCACAUCCUUUUGUGAAAUACUUGGAAACUUGGAAUGGAAAGAAUCUUCUCAUAUAUAUCAAGUCAGUGUGGAGAGGCUCCCCUUAAUCCUCUGGCUAUUUGAGGUUCAGAAUUACCUCUUAGGACAGAUUGUAUCACAUGAUGUUCACGGAGCUAUCUUGUCUGUCUGAGGUUCCUAAACAGUGAAUUCCCAUUAAUGAGCAGUCUUCAGUAUUAAAACCACUGUCUCAUCACCUCAUUUUGCAUUACUGUCUUCCGUGGAUGUUUCAGUUAACUGUAAUAUUAUUUAUAGAACACCAUUAAUCCAUUAAAGCUAACCUAUUUUUCAAUAUUUAUGAUAAUCUAUGUACAUACAGUGUCUGUCCAUAUGUAUUUGUAAAUAGGUUGUAUAUACUAUCAGAAUUGGGUCUUGGGUUAAAGUGUAUAUAUUCCUGUAAGUUUCUUAGCUGCAUUUUGAUGAAUUCACAUUGUGUCACAAAAGUACCUGUACAGAGAACUCAGUAUAAAAUUGACAAAUUAUGUACAAAUACUAAACAUUUAAAAUAUUUGUUAAACUAUUUGUAAUAAACUGGUUGAACAUCAAAUUUUUUCACAAAAACUUGGUGCAAGUUCAAAUCUCUUUGUUUAAAUUUUGAAUAAGGUCCAAAAUUUCAAAAUGCAGUAGUUAACAAAAUGUGAUCUGAAAGACCUUUUGAGAAGUUGGAUGUGUUAACUUGGUGUAUAUACUGUAAAUACCCCACUGUACUGUUAGAGGCCAACAAUUCCAGUACAAGGUUUGUUGGAAAUGAGCUCUACACUGUUUCAAUGAAACUGUUUGUUUUAACUGAACUAAAAUAAAUACAUGCUUAAUCCUGA